UGAACUAUUACAAUCUGGGGCUGGUUUGUCAGAUUAUUGAUGCGGUGGUUUGAAUCACGUUUGAAUUUAAGUGCGGAGCUCUAUAUUUCUUUUAAAAUCUUUUAUUCAACCACAGUACUUCAUAGAUGAGUUUUCGUAUUGUGUGUUAAUUAAGUGAAAUCUGUGUUAUCAAGUGUGUAAUCAUGGUUUUGGCCGAAAGAAGUAAUGAUGUUCGAAACGGGAAGCGGUCAAGGGGGCCAAGCCCCAAUGGCCAUGGAAGUCCAGAUUCCAGUUCUGAAGAUGAGAAUGUAAUACCGUUUGCAGCUGAGAAAAUAAGAGUGGGCAGAGAUUACCAGGCAGUGUGCCCUGAACUGGAACCAGUAGAGCAACGCAGACCAGAACUUAUUUCUGACAGAGCUUUAUUAGUUUGGUCACCUACCUGUGACAUAUCUGACAUCAAAUUGGAUGAAUAUAUUACUACAGCAAAAGAAAAAUAUGGUUAUAAUGGAGAACAAGCAUUGGGGAUGUUAUUCUGGCACAAACAUGACCUCAACAGGGCUUCAAUGGACCUUGCCAACUUCACUCCUUUUCCUGAUGAGUGGACCGUGGAAGACAAGGUUCUCUUUGAACAAGCUUUCCAGUUUCAUGGCAAAAGCUUUCACAGAAUUAGGCAAAUGUUGCCAGACAAAUCAAUUGCAUCAUUAGUAAAGUACUAUUAUUCAUGGAAGAAAACAAGGGCUCGUACUUCAUUGAUGGAUGUCGUCAGUGAAGGUCGCAAUGCUACCAGCUCCGGAACUGGCAAGCGUGAAUCGGGUGCAGGAUCAGAACCAGGCGGCUCUGACAAGGAUUCAGACAAUGAUGAGAAGAAGUGGACUUUCCACCGUGGUAUUGUCCGAGGAGGGAAGUCCCUCGCGGCAGGCGGGGCUCCACAACGCGCCGCCGGCCAGCAGGGCGCCCAGGGCGAGGGCGGCGGCGAGAGUGCGGGCAAGUGGUGCACUGUGUGCGGCAUUCUGUGCAACCAGAUCACGGCGCACAAUUCGCAGAAGUUGUGUCAGGCAUGCCUCGUGCACGCCAGACGCACGGGGACGAUGCGACCGCUGUGCGGACCGUCCGGCAGACGCGGUCCGGGGUCCAAACAGCAGCGGUACAAGCACCGGCUGCCGCGCGGUAUUUACAUCAAUCACGAUGAUCUCGUCGCCAUGGCCACCGGCCCUCAGCCUGGCGAUCCCCCGCAGCCUGGACUUAUCAAUCAUGGCGAAGCCAUGCUCAAAGCUAUGGACAGAGAAGUUAUAUCUCUAAAGAGACAAGUGCAACAAAACAAACAGCAACUGAGUGCGAUGAAGCGUAAAGUGGGCGACACUGGUGUAGAAGAGUUGAGGCCCGGUGAGCCACCAGCGAAGAUCAACUCUCGCUGGACUAAUGAUGAACUACUCAUGGCAGUGAGGGCCGUCAGAAAGUACGGAAGAGAUUUCCAAGCUAUCGCCGAAACACUAGGCACGAAGACUGAGGCGCACGUCCGUUCUUUCUUCAUCUCGUAUCGCCGUCGGUACAACCUGGACGCUAUGGUGCGCGAACAUGAAGCAGAACGUGGUAACGCUCAUCAUAUACAAGCCGGUACCACAAGCACAGAAUCUGCUGAAACAGGCGACAACACUAACAAUGGCACAGAUUCGUCUCAGUCUACGAACAAGGAUGAAAAAAUGGAGGUAGACAGUGAAGGCGUCGCUAUCGGAGCGUCCGCGGAGGCCGGCGGGCCGCCCACGACCCCGCCGAAGCACAAGCCCGCCAAGUGAUGCGGCGGCGCGCCCGCGCGACACACUCGCGCCUCGCGGCCUCCGCACGCCGCGACCUAGUGUCCACCGCGCCCCAAACAUUUGGGUAUCGCACCCCAUUCCAUGAAAUCAUAACGUGGCGGGAUACACCGAUUACUAUUAUAUAAGACAAAAGUAGGUUUCGUUUAUUAUAUAUAUCGAGUAGGAAAACGAGUACGUCUCUUUCACACGCUGUAUAUUAAAGUGCUGUUUUCAGUAUUCAAUCGAAAAACACAGACAGACGUAAUUGCACAACUCGUAACUAUGUAACCUAUUUUAAUGGUGCCGAUUAUUAUUAUCAACUAGACGUACUAAUCAUAAUGUCUGGUUGAUUAUAAACUUUGAAAUUCUGAUGGCAUAGAUCAGAGAUAAUGUUUGUAUACGCUUUAGGGAAGCAUCGGACUUGUGUAUAUAAAUUAUAACGUAUGCUAAUAGGUUAGUUUCCAGAUUAGGGAGCUUGUGUAAAGAAUGUAAUCGUAAGUGUGUUCCUGUCUCUGGUUUCUCUAUGAGGUACACAGAAGAGCUGUGCUCUUUCAAUGAGCUGUUGUGCUUUGUCCAAUAUUUCUUCAGAGUUCUCAAGUGUGAUAGAUUAUAGAUUUAUAUUAUGGGAUAACACAUUAAUCACUUGCCUUAUGUAAUAAGUUCGUCUCAUGUACUCGCAUGUUUACUAAAAUAUGGCUUAAGUAUCACAGGAGAUAUAAUUAUUCGAAUCUUAACUAACUAGGCCCUUCUGUGGUUUUUAUUCUUAGGCUAAGAAGUCACAGUGCUGCUACCCCUUUUGCCGCGGUUAUAAAACUGUAACUCGCGUAAAAUGUGAUAUUGAGUAUGUGAUGUUAGAUUCAUGAGUAACCAACUUAUAUUUUUUCCCCUCAUUACUUCUUAUAUUUUUCCCCUCAUUACUUCUUGAAAUAAGUAAGGACAACAAACUAGUAAUCUCUGUUAAAAUAAACCACAAAAUUGCGGUUUCGUGAGUUUUCAAAUAAUCAGAUCUCCACGCGCAGCCGGCGCGCAUAUAGAUCGCUCUGUGACUUCUUAGCCUAGUAGUUUUCUAUAUAAAUGAUUCUAAGAGAUAAUAGUAGCUAGAUAUUUUUAUGUAAGACUUAUUAUUUUAACGAUAAGGAUACUAUCAAUUUGGAAUGUUAAGUUCAGCCGUAGUUUUAGGUAACAAGCGACGGAUGUUUUAGUGGUUACGCAAAUUUCUAUUAUGGAUACUCAUAUUAUAGGUAAAAUGGCAUUUAUAGUCGCGAAAAUAUAAAACUCCAAUAAAGCCAUUGACAAACCGCUUGGUUCAAUAAAAGCAAUAUAUCGAAUAAUACAAUAUUUCUUAUGCACAUGUAGAAUAGCUAUUUUAUUAUACAUUUUAAUUAUAUAACUUUUCCAUACAUUUAAAUAGAGCGAUAUAGAGAAUUGACGAUAUUUUUGUACUAGUAAAAUGACCUCCCGAUGAUUAGGAAAUUUUGGUGUGAUUAGUUGAUGUUUUUUAAUGAAUGGUAUUAACUUUAAUUUUGUACUUUUAUUUAGUGUUAUGGAGUAACGCGUUUAUAGCAUAAUUUACGGUAUAAUUUUAAAUAAUAAUAUAUGUACAUCACAAAUGGGAUGAGCUAUUCGCACCGGUCGCUACGAAGCCGAAGAUGAAUCGUUACCGAUAUAUCAUUGUUCUUAUUCAUUGUGACUACUUGGCUGUACAUAAUUAUGUAGUAUUAUUUACGAAUAAACUUCAGACGGUGCACUCGGUACUGAAAUUAUGUUAUACUAAACUGAGGUGAAGUUUUUCCAGAAUUCAUUUUGUUAAAUUCAACGUCCGCCUACAAUUGACGUAAGCAAUAUUUUUUAAUUCAAUUAUUUAAUAUAAUAAUAUCGAUGAUGGAAAAUAUUAACUGAUUACAGAUAAGUCUGUAACGAUUUUAUUAUUUGGGAUAUGGGUUUAUAAUAAUUUCUGUAAAUAUUAUUAUGUUCCUCAAUGUUAAUGUAAUUUGUACCUAAUUUGCGGUCAGACAAAACUGGUUUACUAGAUUUAGUUUGAAAUCCUUAGCAUAUUUAUGAACGGCGUAAAACCUUAAUCACUCCAAAGAGAUAUCCACAAAAUGAAGUCAUCUUAUUUAUUGACGCUAAUUAGGGCUAGUAAGAAGAUUGUUACUGAAUUAAAUUAUUUUUAUUAGGAUUAUUGUUUUCUGUAUAUUAAGAACUUAAAUCAAUUGACAAAGUUUUUUUUUAUUAUUAAUAAGUAAUGCUCAAACUUAUUUGUUUUGUCCCAUCACUUGACCGUGGUCUCCACAAAUUAUUUAGUAGCUAAAACCGAAGUUAAGGGAGUUUUGAUUUUAAGAAUAAUAAAUAAUAAUAAUAAGUAUGUAUUGA